UCGGUGCAUGUCAUGAUGCGUGUUGGUGCAUGUCAUGGCUCUUUGCUACCAUCUAUCGCAACAUUGUUGAGCAUCGCAAGGACUGACUCGAAUCACUGCGCCGUGGGCUCUCCUGAGUCCUGACCGUGCACACUGCCUUCAUCAGGCCGUACCUACUCGCAGCACUCACGAAUUCCGCGCGGCAGAGCAAGACAACAUGUAUAAAACGAGAGAAUGAGAAUGUUCAGAUGGUGCUAGAGCUCUUCUUGAGCAGGUCAGCCAGGUAUAAGAACCCACCGCAGUCGCACCGUAGUCAUCCAAGAACCAAAGCACUCCCAGAACUAAAGCACCCCUCAGAAGAGUCAGAACCAAAACGCUCCUCAUGUCGACCACCUCUACAACUGCUGGACGUCCCCCUGUGCGUCGCAUCGUCACUGGCCAUGCACGCGAUGGAAAAGCCAUCUUCGCCGAGGAUGGGCUCGUGCAGCCCCGUGCUUUCAGGCGGAGUCAGACCCAGUUCACGGACCUGUACUGGUCAGAGGGCUUCCCGUCGAGCAACGACGGAGAGUUCCAGGACGACAUCAAGCAACAUGACAACGACGUUGUGAAUCCUGACGGAAGCGUCUUCCGCGCUGUCGACAUGGCGCCGCACACGGAAUCGUUCUUCCACCGUACGAUCUCUCUUGACCACUGCGUCCUCACCAACGGAUCCCUCACAUUGGUGCUUGACGACAACAAGCGUGUUGUCCUGAAGCCCGGCGACGUCGUCGUCCAGCGUGGAACGAUCCACGCCUGGAUCAACGAGACCGACGAGUGGACGCGAAUGUACUGUGUCCAGCUCCGUAAGCCCGUCCUAUACAGCGUCUGA